AUGGCUGCUCAAUCAUCUCCUGAGGUCGCGGAUGCUCCUCCACUUCGUCGGUCCACUCGAGUUAAUGAUAUGGCUGAGGAACUUACCGCUCUAUAUCAGACUCAUACAUGGGAUUUGUCUGAUCUCUCUCGUUAUUUUGCUAUGAAAGACUUAGGCAUGCUGCACUACUUUCUUGGUAUUGAGGUCGCUUAUUCUCCAAAAGGUUAUCUCUUAUCUCAGUCAAAGUAUAUAACUGAUUUGUUUGAUCGUGCGUGUCUCACUGACAACAAGAUUAUUGAUACUCCUUUAGAGCCCAAUGCCCGAUAUUCUUCGUCGGAUGAUGUUCCUUUGUUAGAUUCUAAUUUGUAUUGUACUAUUGUUGGUAGUUUGGUCUAUCUAACUGUGACUCGUCCAGACAUUGCACACGCUGUUCAUGUGGUUAGUGAGUUGGUCACUACUCCUACUAUAGUUCRUUGGUCUAUUGUUCUUCGUAUUCUCAUGUAUCUUCGAGGCACUCAGUUUAAGAGCCUCUUGUUUCCCUCCAUGUCCUCUUUAGAGUURCGCGCUUACUCUGAUGCUGAUUGGGCUGGUGAUCCUACUAAUCGCAAGUCAACCACUAGAUUCUAUAUUUUCCUUGGUGAUUCACUUAUUUCAUGGAAGAGUAAGAAACAAGAUGUUAUUUCUCRGUCUUCUACAUAA